UUUUAUACAUUUUUGCACAACCCACGUAUUUUUUUUUGCACUUUUAUUUCGUAUUUUUGAAAAAAUGUCUUUAGUUUUCAUCACUCACCAUAAUGAAUCAGUGUAUGAUUAUGGUAAGGUGCGUCAGGAGGACAUAAUUGAGCAUGUACAGUAUAAGUCCAAAUUCAAGAACGCUAUUCGGAAAGAAAGAAAGUUACCUAUUGUAAAAAAAACAGAGAUGGGCGAGCUCAUUUUACCAGAUACAAAGAUUUAUCCCAACAAAACGAUGGGUAAACCACCGCAGCAGCUAAGAAAAUGCGGUUAUCAGCGUCCGGCCAGGGUCGCAUGGCGUCGUCUCAAGGAUCACAUUUGUCCAAAUCGCACUUGUCCAUUGCCAGCUGUACCCAAAUUCAACACAUACUGGCAAAAACAUAGAUUCAAAAUGAGUAAUAAAGAUUUUAUUAAUGAAAAUAUUGAUCGCGUUAAGCAAUUUGUACGAAAACCUAAUGGGCUGAAACAAGUGGAUAGUGUGCGCGGUGAUACCCAUGAACUUUUAAAUUCUGGUCUGCUUCCAGUCCAUACUUGUUCAAAACAAUUUGCCAAAAUUCCCAAAUAUCUAGAAGUGCAUAAGAAUGCACUUAAAUAUUGUGAGCAGCAGGCCAUGGAAGCAAUGUUAUCUAGUUGGAAUAAGGGUAGACACAUACUCACUGCAGAAGAGCAGAAGAUGAUGGUAAAAGAUCUUAAGGAGCAGUUCAAUACCACAUAUAAUGUUUACAUGAGUUUGCCUGUGCUUACCGAUACAAUUACACGAAAAUUGCGUAAAACUAACCUGGAAAAUCAAUUAUCGCAAUUAGAAAAGGAUAUAGCUUUGCUAGAUUCAAACAAAUGCAUUUUAAUAAUGAAUAACAAUUGAUUUAAGGAGAGAUAUUAAAAAUUAAAGUUAAAAAAAAUUCCAAAA